GCGCACACUUGACGUCAUCGGCUCGCGCCGGCAAAAGCGAGGACGCCAGGAAACCAGGAGAAACGCGUUUCUCUCUGCUUCGGCUCGCACGCGCCAUGGCGGAUCCCGUCCAGCAGCCCCCUCAGCCCAGCGGCGGGAAGCGCAAAGGAAAGGCUCAAUACGUGCAGGCCAAGCGGGCUCGGCGCUGCGACGCCGGCGGGCCGCGGCAGCUGGAGCCCGGGCUGCAGGGCAUCCUCAUCACGUGCAACAUGAACGAGCGCAAGUGCGUGGAGGAGGCCUACAGCCUGCUCAACGAAUACGGCGACGACAUGUACGGGCCCGAAAAGUUUACAGAUAAGGAUCAGCAGCCCUCUGGAAGUGAGGGAGAGGAUGAUGAUGUGGAAGCUGCCUUGAAGAAAGAAGUUGGUGACAUUAAAGCUUCUACAGAGAUGAGGCUAAGAAGAUUCCAGUCAAUGGAGAGUGGAGCGAAUAAUGUAGUCUUCAUCAGAACACUUGGGAUAGAACCUGAGAAAUUGGUGCAUCAUAUUCUCCAGGAUAUGUACAAAACCAAGAAAAAGAAGACUCGAGUUAUUCUACGAAUGUUACCCAUCUCAGGCACGUGCAAAGCUUUCUUAGAAGAUAUGAAAAAGUAUGCAGAAACAUUUUUGGAACCCUGGUUUAAAGCUCCAAACAAAGGGACAUUUCAGAUUGUUUACAAAUCUCGAAAUAACAGUCACAUGAAUAGAGAAGAAGUUAUCAAAGAGCUGGCAGGAAUAGUGGGCAGCCUUAAUUCAGAAAAUAAAGUGGAUCUCACCAAUCCCCAGUACACGGUGGUAGUAGAAAUCAUCAAAGCUGUCUGUUGCCUGAGUGUUGUGAAAGAUUACAUGUUGUUCAGAAAGUAUAAUCUCCAGGAGGUGGUGAAGAGUGCUAAAGACCCAUCCCAGCCUCACCCAAAGCUAGGAAAUGGGAAAGAAGUGAAAUUGGAAUCUGAUGUCAAAUUAAAUCAAAAUGACUCCUCAGAAGGGAAAAAUAACCAGCAGGUGGUACCAGAGAAUAACGAGGAGCCAGGGCAAACAAAACCCAAGCCUGAGUCACAAGUGGUGAAUGAGGAAGGAGCUCAACCUGAACUUGCUGAUCAAGUCAUGGGAGGAUCCAAGUCAAAUGAAAAUGACCACUCGUAGGAGGAGGUGGGUUUCUCAGUGAGGUUCUGUGAGAUGCUAACAGGGUUCCAUGUGAAAUUAUAAUAUUUGAUGUUGUGCUGCAGAGUGCUAAUCUCACAGUAUCAACAGUGACCCCUCAGCCCUGUUAGCAGUUUUGUCAGAGCACUUUCAGCCCCCUUGGUGUGAGUAUGGGCCCACCUGCUGUCACACAGGGAGGGGGUGGGAGAAAGGUGUGGGCUCCUCCCUUCUUCUCUUCCCCAGCCUCCCCAUAUGCACUGCCAGUUGUUUUAUGGAGUGAAUAUGCUCUGAGAAACAGAAAUCAGAGGGAAGUUUUCCUUCUAAGCAAGGAAUUUUUUUUGUACCACAACUAAGCUAUCCCCUGCCAUUUUGUUCUAAACAUUGCAAAAAUGUGGAUUUUGUAGAUUAGAAGUGAAUUGUUUUGUGAUUGUUUUAUAGUUUUGUCUUUCUUGUUUAGUUAUUAUGUCAUUUUUAUCUUUGAAUAAUGUUUGCUUGCUGUGAACAAGUAUUAUGGUCAUUGCUGCAGUUUUUGAAGGCAAGGUGGUGAGAUAGAAGAGGACCAUUCCAGGCCUAUACCUACAGACAUUUCUGAUAAAGUUGGUGAUAAGGAAUCAUAAUCUCCUAGUACAACAGCCAAACAAAGAGAUUCUGUCAUUCCAGUGAAAGCUCCUCCUCCAGGGUUUGAUAUGGAUCUGUGAGCCAAGCUGUCCUGCGCAGUGGGCAUUGUCUGUGGCAUGCAUCUUACUAGCAGUUAACUCCAGCAGUUGUAACUAAAUCAUUUGACAAGGAUAUCGGUUAGUUUAAUAGCUUUUGGAAUAUCAAAAACAGUAAAACUUUUGUUUUAAAAAAAAAUCACACUCAGUGAAGUAAAUUAUUUAGUAGACUGUAUCCCAGAAAAGAAAAAAUUAUGUAGUUGGUGAAAAUCUAACAUUAUCAACAUUUCAGUGCUGGGGCAAGUAUAAGAAAUAGAAAUGACUUUUCUCUCAGUUUUUAGUGAUAUGUUGCAUGAGGUAAAGAGGUUUUGUGUAGUUAACUGAGAAAUAGCAACCUCUACCUGGGUUGAGUCAUCAGAUUUCACAAAUAUUUGUUUUGCUGUAGCAUUUAUAAGAUUUCUAAAUGAUGAUAAAAUAAAUGAACCUUUUUUUUCCCUGCUGCUAGAAGUCUCUUAAAACAAAGGCCAAUAUAUCUUUAUAUCAUUGUACCUAAAAAAAACGAAGGUCUGUCAUCUGUACUAGUGCCCCAUGUUUGGUGCUUGGCUCCGUGAUGUUGGCAAUACAGCACACUGCUUUCUUCACUGAGGUGCUGAUAUCAACAACGUGGAGAUGAAGAAAAUUCUCAAUAAUGCUACAAAAAUGGUUAAUUUAUUAUUAAAGAUUCAUUUAUGCCAAGAAUGUUAAGCAAAUCCCCAACUAAAACUUGGGACAAAGAGCACAUGUAUCUUAUACAACCUACAGAUACCUGGUGGCUUAUCAGAAGAAGAGUUCGUAAAGAAUGUUUGAGUGGAAAAGUGAAUUACUACGGCACUUACAAGAAAAUAGGGCAGGACUUGCUGAGUGCUUUCAAAAUGAAGAAUGGCAGUAGAAAGCAGCCUAUUUAGCAGAAAUUGCUAUUGCAUAAGUAAUGAAAAAGUUUCUGCAAGAUCCUAGAGAAAAAGUUUUUUCUUAAAGUGAUAAGAAUCUAAGAUUUAGAAGGAAACUUAACUCUGGAAAAGUAAUUUUAAAGAGUUGCCAAAGGAACUCUUGAAAUGUUUCUCAGCAACUUGUACUUCAUAAUGAAGAAUGCAAACAUUACAAGUCUUCUGCCUGGAAGGAAUGCAAAACCAAAGUAAGUAGUGUUUCUUCUCCUGUUUCCACUCUGAAGGAAGAGAAAGAACUCCACUCUGGUCUUUCAGCUCAGGACUUGUUUGAAAUAAGAGCAUCCUUCAACUUAGUGCUCACACUCAUGCCAUGAGGUAUUCCUGCAGGGGUUACCUGAAUUUGAAAAUGUCUUCAAGGGUCCCUCCCAGGUAAAGUGAUUGAAAAAGGCUGGAAGACACUUAGGAGCAGUAUAAUAUAAAUUGUGUAGAUUGAGAACAUUAAGGGACUAUUCUUUUUCAAUUUAAGAAAGUUUGGUAGUAGCAUAAGUGAAAACUCCCUGUAUGAGUGUCUGCCUGUGUAAUAGCUAGUCACCGUGGGAAUGCGCGUGUACCCUUAGAGCUCUUUGUGAUAAACCAGAUUAGGAGGAUGUGGGAGGGACAGAGAGGGUGGGCAAGACCUUGCUGACAGGUGGGGUGGUAGGUAUCUUCAGAUGUUUAGAAUGUUAAUGAGGCUGAGGUCUUCUUGGAAGGAUGAGUGCUGUCAGUGUUGUUUGGGGGAACAGGGAGGAUAGGAUCCUGGUGCCUUCUUCAGUGGACUUGCUCCAAGAUAAAGAUACUUUUGAUAGCACAAAAUAAAGGGACUCUGGGAAUAAGUUGGCCAUACAGCUACAGAACAUAGAACUCUGUGGCACUAACUGGUUCCUUUUGCUUUGUGAAGCUGCUACUUUACAAAAGAAUUUUAUAGUUUAGGUCUAGUCACUUUUUGUGUUUAUUUGUAUUUGAUAAGAUCUGAGUGUCACAUAAACUGUUCUUCCCCAACUGUACAAUACCAUGUUCUGUUGGGGUCUAAAUUCAUCCAUUGACAGCUUUUGCUUUCAGGUUAACAUCUGUUUAUUUUCACUGACAUUUGAGCAUCUUGUUACAAAUGAUGAGAUUCCAGGGUGGAAUUGAAUGCUUUCCUUUAUUUUUCUUUUAAAUUUUAAAAAAUUACAGCAGUUAAAAACAUUCUUGUGGUUUAAUGAACUCUUUUGCUCUGGUGAAAAAAGAAUUAAAAUUGGCAUUUUAAAAUAUGUUUCUCAAAACUUAAAAACACAAUUUUCAAAUGUUAGUUUUACUUGUGUUUUGCUUUUUGUAUAGCCAGAUAUUCAGCUUGUUUUUCAUAGUUUCUUGUAUUUUCCCAAAAAAAAGAAUCAAAAUAAAUUUGUUCCGUAAA